AUGAGUGAAGCUUAUUGGACCUGCUCGCACGCUGCCCUGGACAGGGGCACCCUUUUUCUCAUCAGUGGUAUCAUGAACGGCGUAGGUCUGAUAAUAAACCUUAUAUUGUUAGUUCUUCUCUUUCUUCUCAAAUGCAAGACAAGGAUAUUUAUCUUCCAGUUGCGUGCUCUGAUCGCGUCAAACUUCCUCUGCAGCUUAAUCAGGAUCGCUUCGCUCUACCUACCCACAGACCUCCUUUACCGUCCAUCGCUUUUUGGCUGGAUUGUUUGUCAUUUAUGGUCGAGCCAUUACCUCUUGUUCGUGAGCUACAUAUUUACGAUUCUGACCCUGAAUUUCACAGUGGGAAAUAGAGCGAUUCAAAUCGUCUGCAAAUACCAGUACUCCUUCUCCACAUCCCUGAUUGGUGACCUGGCCUACUUUGUUGGAUUGGGCCUGGUGAGCAUCAUUGUUAUGCUUCCGCAGGCAUUUAUAUUUCAGUGGGAUGGUGAAAAUUGUACUUGUCUUGACACAAACCUACCCUAUGGUAUUGUCGUAUCGAAGUACGCCGAGGUAUUCGCUCGUUUUGGUUUGACUGCGGUCAUCAGCGUCAUCAUCUUGAGCAUCUCCUGCUACAAAAUAAUUUUCUGGGUGCGCAAUACACCAACGAAGCAGCUUUUAGAUACGUGGAACCUGCCAUCACUUCCUGGCACUACGACGGAACAUAUGGAGUCAUUCAGUAGACCCCAAGGUUGGAUGACGGCAACCCUCUGUACUGUACCCUUUUCGAUAACUUCCUUGGCAGUUAGCGUCUACCAAGCAGGAUACAGAUUCGUGAGUGCUUUGGGCCUGUGCAGCAUACAGCCAGACACACCAUUGUAUAACAUAGACCGAUUUCUGACGGACAUUGAAGUGGUUGUCCUACCCAUUAUAGUCAUUGUCUACAUUCCGGCACUGAGAGAAUUGCCUUGGCGGGUCUGUCAAAAGGUCACCUCG